AUGGCAUCGAAGGCUCGAUCUGUGGGUAGUUAUGUAACCAUUUAUGUAUUACUGUGGAUUGCACGUGAUGAUAUUUACACAGCAGGUUGGUUUGGCUCUGGAUCAACCACAAAAGAGAAUGACUUCCUGGACAAAGGACAUGCGUUAGAAGCUGCUGGACGGUUUGUGGAUGCUCUAGAACAGUAUAAACAAGCGCUUGAGGAAAAUCCAUCCAAUCACAUGUCACAGUUCAGAUGUGGAAUGGUUUGCAAAGACUUGGGUUUUUCCAAAAAAGCAUUGAAGUUUUUAGGCAAAGCAUUUGAGUUACAACCAGAUUUUACUGAAGCUAUAGCGGAGAGGGGAAGUGUAUAUCUAAACCUUGGAGAUUUGAUUUCAGCAAAAGAUGACUUCAACUUGGUUCUGCGAAGGGAACCAUCCAACAGAGAGGCAUCUCUAAGAAUCCAGCAAAUUAAGAACCUAAAACAGGAUAUAUCAUUUGCUAAACUGCUGUUCAUGCAGAAAGACUACUUAGGUUGUAGGGAGGCAUUGGAUAAAAUCCUAGAGCUAUGCCCGUGGGAUGUGAUAUUGAGAGAGAUACGAGCGGAGUGUUAUCUAUCUGAAAGCAAAUAUGGAAAAGCUAUGGCAGAUAUCCGGGCAACUCUUCUACACCGUGGUCUUAAGGCACCAGCUUACCUCAAGCUCAGCAUGAUUGCAUAUGAUAUUGGGGAUACAGAAAACUCACUUGUACAUAUCCGAGAAUGCCUGAAGCUAGAUCCUGAUCACACUGAGUGUGAUGCCCUCUACAAGAAAGUGAAGACCAUGGUUAAAUUGAUGGGGGCUGGUGAUAAAUACAAAAAUGAAAUGCAGAAUUUACAAUGUAUAAAAAGAGCACAAAAGAUGCUUCAGACAGAAUCCACUGUACAGUAUUACAUCAUGAAGGCCAACUCUUUCCUGUGUCACUGUCAUCUUCCAACUGACCUGAUGACUGCCUUCAUGGCGUGUGAUUCUGUCUUAGAUGUAAACCCUGAUAAUCUUCAAGCCAGAAUAGGUAGAGCAGACAUAUCUAUGGAUAUUGUGAAUGAAAAACUAAAUCAAGCGGUUGAUGAUUAUCUGUAUGUCAAAUCAAGAAUGGGGGAUAAUAGUCAUGUGGUAGAUGGAUUAAAGAAGGCCAAGGAAUUGGUGAAAAUAUCUGAGAAGAGGGAUUAUUACAGAAUCUUAGAUUUAGAUAGAUUUGCAAGCUACGAAGAUGUGUUAAAAGCUUAUAAAACGUUUGCAAUGGUAUGGCACCCAGAUAGAUAUAAAGGUGACGAUAAGGUGAAGGCACAGAAAAUGUUUAUCGAUAUAACUGCUGCUAAAGAUGUUUUAACGGAUCGAAAUAAACGGGCAGUAUUCGACAGAGGAGAGGAUCCGUUAGCUCAUUGGUAGAAUUACAAAACAUAUCAGUAAAGCUGUGAUGUUGAUGAUCUUGGUAGAUUUUUAAAAAAGUGAUAUUUCCUUGUCACGAAAGGUUGUCUGAUUGCUUGUUUGCUAGUUUUUGUCACAUGAUAAUUUGAUGUUUACGUGUAGUACCUGGUGGCUACUUCACUGAACAACAUACAGGAGACCUCUCCAAUGUCAUCCAGAGCAAUUAUGGCAAAGAGUUUUGCCCAAAGACACAACCAUGAAGUACAGACCGUUUCAUUACUCAGCUUACUGUAAAACACAAACUGUCAUGGGUAGGGAGCAAUGAACCACACCCCCUGGAUCUUAAUCUGAUCUUCUAAUAGUGAAGGAAAAGGGGGUCGGUGUGACACAACCUUUGUUUGUCCUUUAUAGAUAUUCCAACCUCUUGUUUCUGCAAAAAACAUUCAAAUUGUUAUCAACAGAGUGACAGGUAACCAUUACAGGGAAGUGGGAUUUAUUGUUAGAGUUCAUACAGUGUAUUAUACGGUCAAAAUAUACUUUUUUUUUCAUUGUUCAGAAUAGCACAAUUAAGUAUGUCAUUAUCAAAAAAAAAAAAUUCAAACAGAUUUAUCUUAGAGCGAUGAUUUAUGACAUAAAGUGGAUGCAUAUCAUAAAUGUAAGUAUUACAUCAGAAAUCCUAGAGUUUAAAUCAACUCGGUAUCAAACCUUGAGAAUUAAUGCAUAAGGUGAUUCUAAUCUUUAAACAAGACACUUGUCAUUACUAUUAUAUGUAAUGCAGCACAGAUAUCUAUGAUAUCAAUGCUAUUUCUUUGUUAUUUUAUUUGCAUUACUGUUAAAUGAGGAGAUUGUCUCUUUUUAUCAUAUAUAUUUGUAAUGAUGUGCAUUUUCAUUUUAUUUAUUUAUUUAUUCAUUUUUGACAUUUUUUUUUGUACAUUAGAUAACCACAUAGUACAUUGGAGUAUAAAUAUACAUGCAUUUGCAUUUCUUACUUGUAAGGUACAAGUUCUACCUGAAUUUAUUGAUGUAUCUGCAUAUCAGUACAUAUCAAUGAACAUGCAUGAUCAAAGUUAUCGUAAAUGUAUAGUGGAUCUGUCCUAGUUAUACUCUUAAGUUUCGAUCAAAAGUGUACAUUUCUUUAUCCAAAAUAGUUAUGUCAUGGUCAUAUUUAAAUUUCUAAACCCUUGAUUAGUCAUGCCGUCAACAGGCAUUUGUUUUUUAUCAAUAUGUUGAAAGGCUGUAUGUACAUUUCAAUAAUGUGGCCCCAUACACGUACCAUUUGGACAAAUGUAGUAGAGCAUGUAUGUUGAACUUUGUUAUUUCGAAGUCGGUGGGACCGCUGAAAAAUUUCUAGUUAUUUGAUUUAAGCGAGAACAAAUUUUUUUGAAAAGUUUGGCCGUGACAUCUGAAAUACUUUGAAUGAAACAGGGUCUUCAACUUAUACAAGUCCAAGAUAAAUAGGUUCAGCCGUACAUUGUUUCGUUGAGUUUAUUCACCUACAACAGCAUAGUUAGUAAUUGUAGUUUGUUUAAUUGGAUUUAAGUCUACAUUUAUGGAGGUAUACUACUUGUAUACAUAAAGUCUCACAUGUAACUGACUUUUCCUUUGGUGAUGCCAGCAUUUGUACAAGACUCAGCAUUUUUCAAUAAUCACAGGUCUUAUCAUCACCAACCUUUAUAUAUAGUGAUACAUAAUCAUUGACAUCCCGGCACAUGGUUUCAUGAAGGAUUAUCGUCUAUACUUGAUGUUUAUCAUCAAAGUAAUGUCAACGCUUUCUGUUCAGCUCAUAUUGAGCUGAGGAAGUGCUGUUAUAACCACACUGGGUAUGUAUUUAUAUCAAGACAUGGCUUUCCCAACCAGUAUUUCAGAGUCUGAUUUUUACCUACAGUUAACAUGUUACUUACUGCUAUAUAUAGUAACAACCUACUUUGUGUGUGAGAGUUGUGUAUUUCUUUUAUCCAGUAAUCAGUAUAGGUAUAAAUGCAUUAAAGAUCAAAGACAGAUCAAAAUUAGAAAUAUUUAUAAAAUGUUAUUUUGUCAGUCACUGAUUUAUUCAUUUCUAGUAAAUGUCUAAAGUUUGUACAUAUUGUUGUAUUCACAUUAUUAAUUGAGAAGUACAGCAGUGUCUGACUUAAUAAUCAUUGUGUAUGUAACACACCAUUGAAUACUUACAACAUUGUUAAUUAGUUUAGUUUAGUUUAUUACCAGUGCAGGAUCUUUACGAUCCUCUAUACCGGUCUCAGUGAUGCAAUGAUAAUGAUUAUAAUUAUUGUCAUUUGAGACGUCAGAUCCAGGAACUACAAAAUUUCUUACUUAUAAUUAUAUACCAGUUCUUGAUUUGCCCAGUGUUGAUCUAAUCUGUUUUUGAACGAGUUAACUGUUGGUGCCAAUACAAUAUACUCCGGAAGAUUGUUCCAUAUUUUGACCACACGCAAAGCAAAAGAAUGUUUCCUGAUGUCAAGUUUACAGUGCUGCAUGUAAAGUUUUUUGGAGUGACCCCUUGCCCGCUGAAUUUAAACUUUGUCAAUCCACAAUUUAAGGAAACCAGCAGCGUUACUAUCACAAAAACUGUUCGCAACUUUGAAGACAUAUCCCCACGAAUCCCCCUGAAUGCCAAUGUUGGUAAUUUUAGGCAUUUCAGUCAGUUCCAUAAAUCCUGAUAAUUGUUUUGUUGCUCUCCAUGGCACUGCCUCAAUCAUAUCUAUAUGUUUGACUCUAUAUGGAUGCCAUACAGUAAUAGAAUGUUCCAGAUGAACCCUAACUAUUGUUUUGAAUCUCCCAGUUUAAGAAUAUGGGAAUAACGUUCCUUAGAUAUGCCUUGUAAAAAGGUUCGUAACUGAUCGUUAUUCUCACUUGAUCCGCUGUUCGAUCUAUACACAAGACAUACUAACAUCUCAUCUGUACUAUUUAAAGUUAUGGUUACGCUGAGAUAUUCCUCAAAGAAAGAGUUAAAAGCCACCUCCUUACAAGUUAGAUAGUUACUAAUAUGUAACAUAAGGCCCCUUUCGGUAGGAGAAUCCAAAUUUUUAGAAAACAGAACAAUUGUUCCCGAUAUUACAUUCAGAUUCGAACAGCUUAUUUGCGAAGUUAAUGUAUUCAUUGAAGUGAUAGUGUUACAAUACCACUGUGUAAAUGUAUUCAUUGAAGUGAUAAUGUUACAAUACCACUGUGUAAGUGUAUUCAUUGAAGUGAUAAUGUUUGUUACAAUACCACUGUGUAAAUGUAUUCAUUGAAGUGAUAAUGUUACAAUACCACUGUGUAAAUGUAUUCAUUGAAGAGAUAAUGUUUGCUACAAUACCACUGUGUAAAUGUAUUCAUUGAAGAGAUAAUGUUUGUUACAAUACCACUGUGUAAAUGUAUUUAUUGAAGUGAUAGUGUUACAAUACCACUGUGUAAAUGUAUUCAUUGAAGAGAUAAUGUUUGUUACAAUACCACUGUGUAAAUGUAUUUAUUGAAGUGAUAGUGUUACAAUACCACUGUGUAAAUGUAUUCAUUGAAGAGAUAAUGUUUGUUACAACCACCACUGUGUAAAUGUAUUCAUUGAAGAGAUAAUGUUUGCUACAGCCAACACUGUGUAAAUGUAUUUAUUGAAGAGAUAAUGUUUGUUACAACCA